ACUUUGUUUAGAAAGGUACACUUAUGGUUUAAAAGAGAUGACGGAACACACGAUAAGGAUAAUAAAGAGGGGUGGAGCAGAUGGAACAAAAUACCCUGUAAAUCAGAAAGAAAUUACUUUUGGAACUGAGUCAACAUGUGACAUACGGGUGAAGAUCCCAACAGUUGACAAAGUUCACACUCGUCUGGAGUUUGAACACAAACAGGUAAAGUUAUAUAACUUGAGCGUGAAGAACCCAACCAGAGUGAACGGAUCGCCGAUAGCGGGGGAAUGUUUGUUGCGGCACGGUGACGUGUUUACUAUUAUAGACAGAAGUUUCAGAUAUGAAUCUACUUUGGAGGGUCAACUUAUUGCUGAAGCGCAGGAGAAAGAGAACGUUGAAGUGACUCCUCCACCGAAACCAAGGAAGAGUAAGAUUAUGUUUGGACCGGAGCUGACUCCAGAGGAGUUUGACAAGAAACUGCCAGUUAUUAAACCUAUUUCUAAAGGAAGGACGCCGCCCCGCCGAGGAUCUACCGGUUUCUCGAUACUCAAGGGAACUGGCAAAACUAAGACUGCCGGCAUUCUUUUUGAAGCUGAUGAAUCACCAGAUAAGCUUACAGUUGUUGCUGAGAUGCCUGUCACACCUGUUAAAGCCAAUAACGACGACUCUGACACUGUUCCUGUCAUGAACUUAAACGAGAAUGUUCGCGAGGAACGGAAGAUUGAAACUGUUGAGGAGGAUAAAGAAGAUAUUCCCUCUAGCGAACCUCAGGAACCAGAAGUGGAACAAACUGAGUUGAGUGAAGAAGAGUGUGAUUUGGAGAAAACGCAAAAAAUUCCUUCAAACGAUUACAGAAACUCUUCAGAACCUACCAACCUCAACAAAUCAAUGUCUGAGGAACCAGACACAACUCCUCGACUCUCACAAGGCAGCAGUGCCGCGUCCUCUGAUAAUAUCGUAAUCUAUGACUCUGAAUCUGGGGAACCAGACACAAAUUCUCGACUCUCACAAGGCAGCAGUGCCGCGUCUUCUGAUAAUAUCGUAAUCUAUGACUCUGAAUCUGGGGAACCAGACACAAAUCCUCGACUCUCACAAGGCAGCAGUGCCGCGUCUUCUGAUAAUAUCGUAAUCUAUGACUCUGAAUCUGGGGAACCAGACACAAAUCCUCGACUCUCACAAGGCAGCAGUGCCGCGUCUUCUGAAGAUAAUAUCACAAUCUAUGACACUGAAUCUGAGGCAUCAAACACUAAUAAAACUGAUAAGGCAGAUUCCGCGAUCAAGCCUGAGCUAAACAAUACUAUUAAUGAUUUCUUAGCCAAUAAAACCACUGAUUCAGCCCCGAUUGAAGACAAUUUAGAUGAAACUCAGAAAUCAGAGAUCAUUCAACUUGAAACAAGCAACAGAGUGAGUGAGCCGGUGAAAACACCAGAUGUUUCCAUGCUGGACACAUCCUCUCAGUCCGAGAUUAUCAAUCUCAACAAGUCUGCUUCUGAUGGGGACGAAAACAAGGAAACCAAAGCUCGGUUACUCUCUGAAGGUAGCAGCUUAGUUUCAACGGAGUCGGAUGACAACAUUGUGAUUUAUGAUAGCACUCCAGAAAGUUCUCAACAACAAUCUGAUAAAACUGAUUUAGUUGAGUCUGUAGUGACGGAGCCAGGGCUUAACACCACAAUCGAUGAUUUCUUGAAAGAUAACAAGACACCAGCCACAACUCCGGACACAACUCCGGCUCAGGAGAAAGCACCUGCUACUCGUAAGUCCACUAGGAAGAGUGUAAGGUUUGGACCGAUGUUGUCACCACAAGAGUAUGAUAAGGACAUGCCUGCUAACACUCCCAUCAGACGAGGAGGUAUGCCCGGGAGGUUCUCAGUUCCCAACCCUCAGCUGAGUGCAGGACGCACGCCACUUCGUAAAAGUGUUGCUGUGUGCAGUGGCACUCCAGUAGGCCAGCUCAAGCUGGACGACAGUUUGGAGUCUUUGGGUGCGGACUCUCUGGGCUCACUUGAUUCUGCUAAUCAGGACAGUGAAACCAAGGCUAAGAAGGAGAGGAGGAAAACUAUGACUCCAAAAGAGGUUAAAGCAAACAUCGCAUGGGCGGACCUUAGUCUGAACUCGGAGCAAACGAAAGCCCAUGUCGACUCGCCUAUUGUUACUCAGACUCCUAAAUCAAUGCCUAAAGCUACCAUUCCAUUCGUUUUGGAAGAAGAAGAGUCAGUUGAAUCCCCAAUGCCAACGAAGCCCCGGUCCACGCCGAAAGAGACUGCAUCAGGAAGCAAGGUCUUCGGUAAGCUGUCCACUUCAGCAAAAACUCCUGUAUCCGCUAAAGUUCGGAACCCCGCCAAAUGUAGAGCGUCUCCUCCAACUCCUGUUCCGUUCUUUGCGAAGGGCCUGCAGAAACCGCAGAGUUUACACACUGCCCUACAGAAGGCGGCUGGAAGGAAGGCAAUGAUUCAGCAAUCUCAGAUCCCAAAACCGAAGACGCCUCUGAAGAGAAAAUCAACAUCUGCCACUUCUCCGGCAAAGGUUGCCAAGACUCCCCGAAAGUCAACCGGAAAGAUUCCAAAAGACUCCUCAGAAGACUCGGUUGAGGAAAUACGACAGAAAGUUCUGGAGAAGAAAAAAGAGAUCCUUGAGAAGAGGAAAUCUAUCCAGCAGAAAAGAAAGAGUGUUGGACCAAAAACUUGGGCCACUGUUGCUUCCAAACUCACAAAAUCUCCCUGGAAGGCUGUUCCCGCAGCAACUGUCGUCAAGUUGCCUCCUAAGACUCCUUUGAGAAAGCGAGCACUUAAAGCUAUGGGCAAAACGAAGGUUGUGAGGAAGAACGAGCCGAAACCUCCCUUGAAAAUCGGAUCCAAACGUAAAUCAACAGGAAUGUUGAAACCUGUAACGAAGCCAGUGGUGAAACGGAAAAGUAUUUCCACUAAAACUCCCGCAAAGAAAGCUCUACAGUCUAAGGUACCAGUCCCGGUGCCACAAUCACCUUUGGCUGCAGUGGUGAACGCUCAGACACUGGAAACACUUCUCAAAGCUCCAAAAGGAUCUCCACAAGCUCAACUGAUCACCAGUGCGAUCAUGAAGCAGUGCGAGGAAGUACUCCAGAACAGCUUCUCUGAGGACCCAACAGAGUCUAAAGAGGUUCCUCUGAAGAAGCUGGAGGAGGUACUGUGUGACGAGAACAUGGAGAUUAAGAAGAGUGUUGAUGUCGAGGAGCUUGUUGAGAUCUUUUCUGACGAUUACCAGCCAGACUCUGUUGAUCAGCUCUGUAAGAUGAUGGACCCCAUUGUCAUGAUGCAGUACGAGAACGAUCCGGACUUUGAGUUUGGAAGCGUCAACAAUAUCAUGAAGGAGACCGAGUCAGGCCCAGAGAUUGAUCCUGCCGCUUUGAGAAAACUGUUCAAAGCUACGAAGAAACCCAAGAAGUCUGAGUGUCUGGAUGCGGUCGCCAUGAUGAAACUGUUCGCUAAUCCAAAUCUGAUUAAGGAGAAGCGGCAGUCUGCCAUCAUCGAUGGUGAAGCACUUAACAGCCUGUUCGACGAGGCAGUGGAGACAUGUGAUGUGGAACAACUCUACAAAGCUCCGGACUCCGAGGGGAGGAUUGUUACGGAGAAAGAAGCGACUACCUUUCUCAGACGAUCUUCUCUGGCCCUCCGCAAAACUCUUCUUCCUGGUGACCUUAGUAGGCUGUUCACUGUAGAAAACUAUUACACAGAUUCAGAUGGUAGUGAGGAUGAAGAACCCUUGCAUUUAGAUGAGACACUUCGAGAAUUUGAAGAAGAAAUUUACGAGAACAUUGAAGAGAAGAUGGAGGACACGAAUGACGAGUCAGUAGAACUUAAGGAAAACAUAAAUGAAAAAAUGAAAGAAAUUGAUGAGGAGAUAGAGGAAUCAGAUGAGAAGGUAGGGGAAACUGAAGAAAUAACGGACGAAACUGCUGACAAAGCUGUUGACGUCCUGAAUGAAUUUGACAAUCAGGAACCUCAAGAAGCUUGCGAUGAACUGCAAGAAGAUAACGCUACGCCAACUGGGGAGGAUACUUUUGACGAACUUGUUGUUGCUGAUGAUUCUAACAAAGAAAACGAAGAGCCAAUGGUGAUUGAAGAAGAACCAUCUGAAGAAGUACCCGAAUCUUCAAAGAAAAUCGAGAAUAUUGAUACAGAGCCCGAUAAUCUUGUCAUCUCUGAUGGAGAAGAAAAAUUAACUGAUGUGAUCACAGAUGACGCUGAGCCUACAGUUGAUGAAGAGGCUCCACUUGAAAUUGAAGAGGGAGUUGACGCUGAGAAGGUAGAAGACAGCGAGUCUGACGAAGAAAGCGAUUCUGAGGAAGAAAUGGGCGAGGAAGAUCCAGAGUUACAACAGCAAGUUAACACUCUGUGUGCAGUCAUCACCCCCAUGGUCAGAAGACGCUGGUCCCAAAACAAGAGCUACGAUUUCGGCGCUUUAAGCACUGUCCUGACGUUGGAGGAUGACGACCAACAUCCUGAGGUUGACCCCAUUUCUAUGAGAAAAAUGUUCGGAAUACCCAGAAAAAUGACCUCUGCAAACGAGGAAAUGGUCCUCGAUCCUGUUUCUCUGAUAAAGCUCUUCUUGAAUCCCGAUGUAACGAAGAAGACCUCGGAGGAAGAGUUAGAACUUGAUCCAAUAGCGCUCCAGAAUUUGUUUAGACUGCCCAAAGAACCAAAACAGGAGCAAGAGUCCGACCUGGACCCUGAAGCUCUGAUAAAUAUGUUCCACUGUGAAGUUAAAGAAGAAGAGGUCACCAAACUUUACAAAACUCUAGAGGUGGAAUCGGUGACAAAAGUGCUGGACAAGGCAAAGCGUACUAGCACAUUGCCCGGUGACAUAUGCAAACUUUUCGUAUCAGAAAAUGUUCCUAAUUCUCCUGGAGCCCCAAAUGUAGAUGAAGUCAUUUCAAAGUUUGAGGAGGAAGUUAAAAUUGAGCUUAGUAAGCCUACAUCUAGACGAGGCGGAAGAAGGAAAAAACAAGAACCUGCUAAUACAGAAAAUGCAACAGCUAUCAAACCAACGCGGGGUCGACGUGGGAGAAAACCAGCUGUUGAAAAAGAUGGUGCUUUGGUGAAAGCUGAGGAAACUGUAGCUGUUACAGAAGAUAUAGUGGUAGAGGUUGAUCAACCUAAGCGCAGAGGUCGGAAAGCAGCCAAAGAAAUAGUUAAACCUGAGGAUAUCUCCGUUCAGGUGCCAGCUAUAGAACUGGUCGAAGACGCUCCUAAGAGGCGUGGGCGGGGAAGACCAGCAAAAAUUGAGGAAAUAGUUGCUGAACCCGAGACUGUUGAAGUAGCUGAACCAGAGACUAUAGAAGUAGCUGAACCGCCAAAACGUCGUGGGCGUGGAAGGCGAGCAAAAUCGGAGGAGGAAGUAGAGACAAAAGAACCUGAACCACAGCCGAUCACUGAACCUGAGGAAUCUGACUUAACUGUAGAGAAAGAUACCGAAGCUCAGCCGGCUUCAAGACGUGGAAGGAGGGGCAAAGUAGUAGAGUUUGCUGCAGUGAACGUAGCCGAAUCUGCAAAGCGUGGACGAAAAGUGACGGCUGAGAAUGUAGAGAGUGAGAUAAUUACCGAGACUGAACCAGCCACAGAGGUCGUAGCACCAGCACUAAAACGUCGGGGGAGGCCCGCAAAGGUAGUCAAGGAAAUAGAAGCACCUGGGCCAGAGAAACCAGUUUCAACCCGGGGCCGUAAAGGCAAGGCCGCUCUAGUCUCAAUCAAUGAUGAAAUCGAAACUCAUGAAAUUGAAUCAGUGUCAGUUGAGAAAAGCGAGUCCAUUUCAAAACCCACUCCAAGAAGAGGACGCAGAGCAAAGUCAGAGGAAGAGCCAAAACCAGUAACCCCUGCUAGAGGACGAAGAGCAAACUCAAAAGAAACACCAAAGGCUGAGAAAACCCCUGUCAAAGGCAGAAAAGCUAAAGCAGUCGAGAUUUCUGAACUAGAGGUAACAGCUCCAACUCCAAGACGUGGUCGACGAGGCAAAGCUGCUGAGAUCGAAGAGGAAGUUUCCGAAAUGCCGGCAAAGAAAGCCCGACGAGGAAAAACGCCCACUCCUUCAGAAAAAGUGGAAAGCUCCUCGCCAGCACCAAACACCAAACGUGGUCGAUCUGCUAAGGAAGUUGAACCUACAGAAAAAUCGGUAGGCAAAAAGAGAGCAACCAAAGGUAAGGAGCAGCCAGACUCGAAGAGAAACAAACAGGAUGAUACUGAGGAUGAAUUAGCUACCCUACAGAAAGCUUUGAUUGCUCUAGAGAAAGAAGACCUCAAUCUUACCAUGGAGGAAGCAAUGUUAGACGAGGUCAUCGCAAAGUCACCGGCAGCAAAACCUGCUACUCGUCGUGGCCGCGCCGGUAAAGCAGCUCCCAGCCCUAAGAAACCUGCAAGCAAAAAGGUCGCCGCAAAAGCGACUCCUAGCCCAAAGAAGCCAGCUGCCAAAAAACCAGCCGCCAAGAAACCUGCUGCAAAGAAACCAGCCGCCAAGAAACCUGCUGCAAAAAAACCAGCUGCAAAAAAAGCUGCUGCUGCUAAAUCAAAGAAAACUGCUGAAGUCGAGGAGUCAUCCCGUUUAGUCAAAAAACCUAAACUAUCCGUGAUCAGAGAAGUGAAUACUCCUGCGAAGACUCCAGCGAAAAGGAAGCCGGCUCAGAAGAAAGGACCUGUGGUGGAGAAGAAGACCCCGGUGAAGAAAACCCCGGCUAAAAAGGCCACUCCGAAGAAGAGUCCUGCUCAGAGGGUCACAAGAAGUAGGCGCCGGUGAAAAGCUUUCCUCUUAACUUCUAAAGAAGGACUUUAAAUCUACUGUUCGAGUUGAAAUGUCACGCCAUUGUCGAUUUCACUGUUAUCAAGAACAGUCCGCGAAACAAGAUCUACAGAAAACUUAAAAGCACAAUUUCUUGAUUUUGUUAAUUCAUACUGGAACAGCUAGGUUAUUGUUUUUUUUGUUGACGAAACAGCGUCCUUUCAUGUGCGAAUUGAAAGCAGCUUUGACCGAAAUGUAUUAUUUGUGAGACCAAGAUAUCGACAUAGGGAGUAUUGAAUUAAAUUUUCGUAUGGCACUACGCUUACAAGCUAUAAGUUAGAAAAUUUACUUUUAAUAAUUUUAUUUCAGCAAUUUGUAUUUAUAAUGUUAGUUAUUGAAUUGCUCGAUGUAGAAUGCAGUGGAUGCGUGUUAUUUAAUGAUCUAUAAUAAUUAUUUAUAAUUAAGGUUAGAGGGAUAUGUGAAAGGGCUUCGAGCCUGAGAAAAGAGGAUGCGAUCUUCAAUAUGAUUACGUAACUACUUAGUUUAACAGAUUAGUUUUGAUCACUUGGUGUCAGGGUUAAAUUAUUUUCAGAAUUUCUAGAAAUUUGAAUCUUGAUUUCAGAAUUAGCACCGUAAAAUGUGGGAAUACGUAAGAUAAGUUCCGGUCUCCUGAAACAGUUAUUAUAAACUAAUCAAUCGUAAUCUUAUUGAUUGGACGACGCUUAAUAAAACUGCGACAUCGUUUAUUUUGACAUUUCACUCAUUUGACUGACAAUGUAAUGUAAUGAUUGAACGGACGGGAAGCUGACUAUUUUUAUUAUUAACUGUAUUGUAAUCAUUGCAACAAUUAUAUCGGUUUUCAAUUUAGCAAGA